AUGUCACCCCACAAACCCCUCCAAGACGCCUUCACUGGCUGCCACAAUGAUACUCUAGGUAUCGGUGCUCUCCCCCUCGAUCCUGAAGACUCCUAUGGCGAGGAGAACGUCGACAUGGACCACUAUCGCAAGACCGUCCCCCUCUGGAAGCGGAUCCGCAAUCACAGUCUCACUCAGAUGAUUCUCAUAUCUAUCCAGGCUACAGCGGGCCCAGCCAUGGCCGACGCGAUUGCUGGCUUGGGUGGAGGUGGUUUAGCUACACCGACUACCAACAAUAUUGCGAAUGCCGUCAGUUACGCUGUCUUGGCUCUGGUCUGUUUCCUUGGAGGUCCUAUCGUCAACAAACUGGGAACAAAAUGGGCACUUGUGAUUGGCGCCAUAUCGUUCCCCUUCCGAGGAGCGUCCUAUUAUACCAACAGCAAAUAUGGGAACCAGUGGUUUAUUAUUGUGGGCUCGCUGCUGGAAGGACUGGGGACUGGUUGUUGGUAUGUCGCAGAGUCUGCGACAGUCAUGUCUAUUGCGCCUAGUGGCGCUCGUGGAAAGUACCUCGCUCUGUGGAUCGUUUCGCGUAACCUGGGCCAGCUGAUAGGAGGCGCGGUGAGUCUUGCGCAGAACCACGAGCCGGGGGUCGAAGGUGGUGUCUCUCCCAGUACUUUUAUCGUCUUCAUGUGUAUCGAGUGCCUGGCGCUUCCAUUUGCCUUCUUCAUCACGCCUCUGGAACAUGUCGUAAGAUCGGACGGCACUCGGGUCCCGAUGGCAGCAAAGUCAUCCACGAAGAAGGAGUUUGGCUACAUCAAGAAGACGUGGCGAUCCAAGAUCGUCUACCUCUCGGGUCUGUGGGCCUUCUGGACAUUCUUCUACGGAGGCUCCUGGUCUACAUACCUCGGUCUCUACUUUUCCGUCCGAGCCCGCGCUCUGUCGUCCCUAAUCUCCCCGUUGUUCUGCAUUGUCGGCUGUUUCAUCCUCGGUUUCAUCUUGGACAUCCAAAGCCUGAGCCAACGCCGUCGUGCUCAACUCGGCCUCGCACUCGUCGUCAUCACCAAUGCGGCAGUGUACAUCUGGUCCAUCAUCAUGCAGGUCAAAUUCGACCGAAAUGACCCGGGAGAGAUCGACUGGAAUGAUGGACGGUAUGCCGAGUCUUUCUUACCCUACUUCUUUGUACAGACGACGGGACCCAUCUCUCAGAGCUUCAUGUACUGGCUCAUUUCAUCUUUCGCCGAAAGUGCCCAAGCCAACGUGCGAAAUGGCGCCGCUUUCAGAUGUAUUGAAGCUAUCGGUCAGGCCGUCGCUUAUGGUAUGAACAGCAAAACAUCUGACAGUCCUCUCAUCGGCUUCUGCGUUACAGCAGGCCUCUUGGCUAUCGCUUUCCCACCAUUCCUUGUUCUGGUCAACUCUACACCCAACGUCAUCCCUGGGGAGGUGACUAGACACAUCACCGGAGGAGAGGGUAAAGAGAAGGAGAGUGUGAAUGACGAAGCUCUCAACGAGAAGCAGAAAGAUGGGGAGAACGCGACCGCUGUGACUAUGCUCGAGGCGUAG